GGCGGAACAAGUAUUAUCACAAGUGCACCGAAGGGACAGUUGUUGCAGUUACACCAGACGAAUUCACAUUCACGACAGUAACAAUUUGAAUUUAAAUGCAUAUUAUAUGAGGUUAAACCCGAAAUGUUUGCUCGGUAGUUACAAAUAGUAGAAAUGGAUAAAAAGGUUGUAGCAGCGGAAUCUGAGGCGAUUGACUGGGGAGGAAGUGGAGCUGAAGAAGGGAAGAUUUUAAAGAAGACCAAAACCUUAUCCAAGAAUGUCCACACCGGCCUUCCUAAUCCACUUCCAGAUCCUGUGAAAUGUUCUCUGAUAAAAGGAGACUAUCUCUACUUCCAUUAUGGCUGUGAUGGACACGAUGACCGAGGCUGGGGAUGUGGCUACCGCACCAUCCAGACAAUGGCUUCCUGGCUCUGCCAUAACUGCUUUCCACUUCAGGACAAACAGAGAUCUCCACCAAGUCUCCCGGAAGUCCAGCAAGCCUUGGUUGCCAUGGGGGACAAACCAAGCUCAUUCUCAUGCUCCAGGGAGUGGAUAGGAACAUUUGAAGCCUCCCUGACCCUUGACUAUUUCUAUGAUGUCCCCUGUAAACUGGUACAUAUUAGAGGUGGAGGGGCCGAGCUGGAGCAUGUUGCAGUGGAAGAGCUCCAUCAGCACUUUGAGAAGCAUGGGUCUCCAGUCAUGAUGGGAGGGGACAGGGACAACUCUUCUAAGGGGAUAUUAGGGGUGUGCACUGGGGACAAGGGGAGCUACCUGCUAGUCGUUGACCCUCACUACUACGGACGUCCGCUGGAGAAGACCGAGCUGCAGAGGCUGGGUUGGGUGGCGUGGAAAAGAGUGUCAUCUCUGGAUCAGUCCUCAUUUUAUAAUCUGUGUAUGCCUCAGACUGCCAAAAAAAGCAACAUAAACUAAGUGACAGACCUAUUUCUGUUUCAGACUUACAAAUGAAUUCUUAUUUGUGAGGAUGGACUAUAGAAAGUGUCUUAUUAGGACAGGCUUUGUACUGCAUUUUCAGCACUUAUAAUUUAAAAUGAGCUGUAGUGCCAUCCUGUGGAUUAAAUCAAUAAUUACAAUGUAUUUUGAAGAAGCAAACUUUGAUCUAUUUCUUCAUUAUUUUCCUAUUACAAUUCUGUUGAAUCUCUAAUCUUCUUGGACAUACAUUAUGUAUUUCCCUCAAUGGUUUCUUUUGUAGCUUAAAAGUAAAAUUAUUUUUCAAAGUCUUUCCAUGGUGUGAAUAUGCAAAUUGAGGUCAAUUAUCAACAAUUCUGGAUUAGGAGAUAGGACAUGAAUGUUGUAGUGGUUGGAGUGGUUGUAGCACUUUACACUAUCAAUAUUGUGAAUAUUUUUAGCAAGAAAAUAAAUUCACUUUAGGCAUUGAAAA